AUGUACUACUUGAAGCCUACUUUCAACCUGAUUGUCUACUCAUUCGCCUUCGGUGGAACAACUUUCUACUCGUAUGUAGCCUCUCCGCUUGCUUUCAAGCAUCUGCCAAGAGAGAGUUUUUCUGAAUUGCAAAACAAGGUUUUCCCCAUUUUUUUCCAAUUGCAAGCGUUUUCCCCAUUGCUCUUGGGCUUGACUGCACCUAUGCCUUUGCAAGCGGGUUCCUUGGUAGCACUAGCGUCAGCAUCUCUAAGUGGAUGCUUGAAUUUGUUCUGGCUUUUGCCCUGGACUCGCCGCGUUAAGGAGGCUAGACACCGUCUAGCCGAUACACUUCAAGGCGAAGAACUGGAAGCUCAAGACCAGCCAUUGCGGAAAGAGUUCGGCAAGUCUCACGGCUUGAGUCUCUUUUUCCACACGACGAAUGUCGUUGCGAUGCUCGCCUAUGGGGUUUUGUUGACUAGAGGGCUGAUUAGGUAUGUCCCAAAAUAG